AUGCCCAACGGCAGUAUACCGAGCGACCUACGAAGGCUAUCUACCAAAAUAUUAUACAUCCUUGCUAGCACCACUGUGGUUCUAGGUGGUCUUUGCGGACUUCUUGCAUAUUUCUGGUUUGGAUCAGACAACUCGAAUGUCUGGAAACGGAUCAUGGUCAACGGCUGGGUUACGCGCUCAGUCGCUAUCAUAGCACUAGUGCUUAGAACCGCAGUGGACUUACAAGCCGCUACAGGCUCCGCUAUCAUUGCCUCGCUACUCCUAGAGUCUAGGACCGGCGUUGAUCUUCGGCAUCUUGCCGCCAUAUCUUCGAUUCGCGGGGGGGCUAUGGUCGGAUACGAAUAUGCUUCUGAAGUUCGACCCGGACUGUCGCACUCUGAACUAAGAUCUGCGGAGAAGAUUCCACGCGACUCUGCGUGGACAAGCAACCCACCUUUCUAUCCUGUCUUUGCGGAGUUCCACGAACCAGGCAAAGAUGUGACAGUGGGCACCGGAACUCUACUCCGAGCCCUACUCCCGUUCGCUACCGCUGAGGCCAGGCAAAGGAUAUCAUCAUACUCCGGUAAUGCUCUCAUAGUCGAUGCCAGGGUAACUUGUCAGGCGCCUUCCGCCACUGACCUGUACACGAAUUCGACCUACGGUCUUAUCAACGGCACUGUAACUCUCUCUGAUGACCCUAACCCUAAUAUCAAGUAUCUUGUCUACGUGGUGGCACGACGAUUUGUCAGCUGGGUCAAGAAGAUUCUGGGGGGGAGAUAUAGUGGGGAGUGGUUGCACCUUCCGACGAAGAAUCUUUCCUUGUCCAUCUGCUAUGCGCCAUGGGACGCUGCUAUCCUAGACGUCAACUUAAUCAGCGAUGCAAACCGGACCGAGCCCAUGAUCCAGUACGACAGAUCGAUCGAAAGGUAUGAAACAUCAGCGGUAGUUCAACAUUUCCUACCAACUGGAAACAGCACAGUACGUCAAAUUAUGACCAUGGAGAAGCCGCGUAGUCUGCUUGGUGAUUUGCCACCAAGGCGCCGACGGCCUGUAGUUCAAAGCGACAUGGGAGGCCAAUUUGCACUUGCAAAAGUGGGCAGCGGGCCGCUUCCCGGCGGAUGGACGGCGUUCAUGUCCGGAGACCCCCUUAUCACCAUGCUGCGCCGGUUUCCAGGCAAUUAUGCGAACAUAUCGCAUGCCAUAGCUGCUGAUCCAGCAUUAGCUGCCAUCUUCAAAAACACCUUAGAGACGACUUCUGUAAGCUGGGCCAUGUCUAGCCUUCUUACUAUGUUAUCAAUGUCGAACUAUUACAGCCAACAGCCCGCCUUUGACAGGAUCGACAAUAUCACAGUAUCGUCCUUUGAGAACGUUCUGUUUCCGCGAGACUAUGUGGGAUUAAUAAUCGUCUUGUGGGUAUUGGCAGCUCAUUUCGUCAUCAUGGCAACUCUGAUCGUCAUGUUCGUUCGAGACACGCGUUCAACCCUUCUUGGCAACGUAUGGUCUGCGCUGGCUCAGAUUCUCGAGUCAGAAGAGGUCGAAGAGCAUAUACUAGGCGCAAGUGAGAAGACCGAUCCAGAGAUCUCAAAAGAACUCCAAAAAUCGCAACAAGGAGGGCUAAGAGCAAGAGUAGAGCACAGGGGAGGUAGUUUUGAAAUUGUAAGAUAA